UGCGCAGAGAAUCUCUCUGAAAGAUCAUUUCAUAUCUCUCGGAGGAGAUUCUGUGACAAUGAUGCGCUUAAUUGCUCUUUCCCACGAGGCGGGAAUAUCUCUCACUGUUGCUCAAGCCUAUAAGCAUCCAACUUUGAAGGCCAUGGCAGCGGUUACUGCUAACACUAAUAAAACUGAUACUUUAAGCAGUACUGUAGAGGAGUUUUCUCUCCUUGGGAAUCGUCAUGUUGCUGUCAUUGACGAGAUUACUACUCAACUAGGUGUUGAUGUCAGUGAAAUAGAGGACUGCUACCCCUGCACUCCACUUCAAGAAGGUAUCAUCAUUGCAUCUGAGCAGCAACGAGGCGCAUAUAUGGCACAACAAAUAGUCGAUCUUCCGCAGAGUGUAGAUCCCGCCAGGCUCCGGGACGCAUGGGAAAAGCUGGUAAGUGACACGCCAAUCUUGCGCACUCGGAUAUGCCACACAGUCGCGGCUGGAUGUCAGCAAGUUGUCUUUAGAAGCGAGUUUAAUGAGGCUUCAUGGGUUGUUGUUCGAGACAAAGACCACUUCUUAGCCGAAGACUUGCUAAACCCGAUGACAUUUGGCACGCAUUUGAGCCGCUGUGCUCUAUACCAGGAUUUAGUGUCAGGUCAUCAUCAAAUGAUAUGGACUGUGCACCACGCAAUCUAUGACGGCUGGAGUAUACCAUUGUUCUUCAAUGCGUUAAAAGAUAUAUACGAUGGCCGUCCACGAAAAUGCGGUCCUCAGUUCAACACGUACAUAAGCUACCUCCUACAACAAGACGCUCUCCAAGCUGGAGCUUUCUGGGCAAAGUAUCUUGAUGCACAGAAUGCAUCAGUUUUCCCAGAAGUUCCGAUUAGCACAGAAUCCCACAGCGACACUACAGUUAGUGCCCAGGUUGACCUUUCCCGCCGACCGGCAUCCGAGUUCACUCUCUCGAAUAUGAUUCGUGGAGCAUGGGCAUUGGUUCUUGCUAAGUACACAAAUACGUCCGACGUGAUAUUCGGCACCAUGCAUCACGGAAGAACCGUGCCAGUUCCAGGUAUUGAAAAUAUGCUUGGUCCUACCAUAAAUACAUUACCAAUACGUGUGAAGUUUAUGGCUAAAGAAUCCGUUUCUCAGGUUCUGUCUCGCAUACAAGCUGAAGAGGCUGAAAUGCUCUCGUAUGAAUACUUUGGAUUGAGGCAAAUUCAGCGUCUUAGUCAGACGAUACGCAACGCUUGCAAUUUCAAGAACCUCCUUAUUAUUCAACUAGGUGAUACAAAGGCGGCAUCUGUUAGCCCAUUUCCAGGCACAAUGUCUUUACAAAGCAUCAAAUCUUUCAUAACAUAUCCACUAAUUGUACACUGCGAGCUGGGGUCAAAAUCUACUAUGGAGAUCUACGCGACCCAUGAUCCUCUUCUAAUACCUACCAUUGAAGCAGAGCGGAUGCUGAACCAACUCGCGUAUGUUUUACAGCAGAUAGUCCACGAUCCGCAUCAAAAAAUUUCAGACAUUAGCUUCAUUCCUCCUGAAGACGAAGUUUUGCUCAACAGUUGGAACUCAAGCUCUGUUGAGGCAGUCGCAAUGUGCAUACAUGACCUCAUUAAGAGACAAGCAAGUCAGAAUCCUGACAGCUCGGCAGUUGAAGCUUUCGAUGGCUCUUUUAACUACAGAGAACUGGACUCUAUUUCCAGUAAAUUGUCUCAUUUUCUGGUAGACAAGUACGGUAUCGGAACGGAUUGUAUUAUUCCUCUAUGCUUUGAGAAGUCGGCUUGGGCGAUUGUCACUAUGCUCGCUGUUUUAAAAGCCGGAGCUGCUUUCACUAGCCUAGAUCCCGCUCAGCCACAAGCACGCCUCCGCAUCAUGAUCCAAAAAGUAAAAGCGAAGCUAGUCCUUACUUCUGUACAGAGCCAGGAAAUAUUCAAGGGAGAAAACGUAGAACAAGAGACGGUGUCAGCUGAAUCUAUUGCGAAAAUCAAAAACCGAAGGAAAAGUUCGAUCGAAAAGAUGAGUCCUCGAAAUCUAGCUUUUGUCUUGUUCACUUCGGGUACCACUGGCCAACCCAAGGGGAUACUGUUGGACCACGCGGCAUUUGUGACUAGUUCCAGUGUAUGGAGUACCCGUUACAAUCUGCAGCCACAGACACGCGUUUUUCAGUUUGCUCACUACAUUUUCGAUGUGAGUCUAGCUGAGAUUUUUUCUACUUUGAUUUGUGGUGGUUGUGUCUGUGUGCCCUCUGAAUAUAGUCGCAUGAACGAUUUGGGAGCCUCUAUCAACUCUUUAAACGCUACGCACCUCUUCCUUACCCCAACAGUCCUAGGGACAUUGACCCCAGACGAAGUUCCUGGUGUUGAACAAAUUGUUAUGGUGGGUGAGCCCGCAAGCAAGCACAACAUACUCACAUGGGCAGAACGUGUCCGUCUGAUCAAUGCAUACGGCCCAGCAGAAACGACCACGUGGAUUGCUUGCAACGAUUCAAUUACUGUAGAAAGUCAUCCAGGAAAUAUUGGAACCGCAUGGACUAAGGUAUGGCUCGUCGAGCCUGACAAUCAUAACAAUCUCUCCCCUAUUGGAGCUCCAGGUGAGAUUCUUAUUGAAGGUGCGGUAUUGGCACAAGGCUAUUUGUACGACUCAGAGCAAACGAGUCACUCAUUUAUUACUAAUCCGAAAUGGGCAUCUAAGCUUGUUCCGUGUUCUAAAGAAGAUCAGGGCUCAAAUAAGGCUCUCCGGCGAUUUUACAAAUCAGGCGAUCUCGCCCGUUAUAAUGCCGACGGUUCGCUCCAAAUCAUUGGUCGAAAGGAUACGCAGAUCAAGAUGCACGGACAGCGAAUCGAAGUAGGUGAAAUUGAAUUUCAUCUUCGCCGGGCAGUUUCUUCGGAAGAGGUUGCAGUCGAGAUCGCACCAGCACCAUCCCCCGCAGACCAACCGUGGUUAGUUGCCUUCUUACCUCUUGAUUUGAAUAUCGGUGUUUUGAGGCAACUAUCUCCCCUACCUCCUGGCCUUCGAACCGCAUUAAUGGAUGACUUGCCAAUAUAUAUGGUCCCUACAAAAGUUUGCGCAGUUGAAAGCCUUCCGCGUCUUCCUUCUGGAAAAUUGGAUCGUAAAUUCCUACGUGAACUCUCUGCUGAAUUACGGGCAGACCUAGUUGCUCAGUCAGCUCAUGGAACUUCAUCGGCACAGCCCAUAGGAACAGGUUCACUGAAUGAGGCCGAAGAGAAGUUGCGCAGUUUAUGGGCUAUUGUACUAAACACAUCGCCAUAUGCAAUUCGUGGACAUGAUCAUUUCUUAGAGCUAGGUGGUGACUCUUUGUCUGCAAUACGUCUAGUAGUGGCAGCUCGGCGUGUUGGCUACACCAUCACUGUUGCCAAUAUUCUGCAAAAGCCAUUUCUGUCUGAUAUGGCCACGACAUUGCACAAGGCGGCGUUCAAGCCAAAUGAAGAGCUGGAAAAUAUACACCCGUUUAGUUUACUUCCUGCCCCGGAUCGUGUCAAUGAAUAUCUGAAAGAGGCAUCACAGAUUUGCAUUGUUGCAGAGGAUCAGAUCGAAGAUAUCUAUCCUUCAACGCCUCUUCAAGAGGGGUUUAUGGCUGUUUCAGCUCGCAGCAAGGGUGCAUACAUGGUUCAGGUCUGCUUUGAUCUUCCUCCUCAUGUCGAUCUUUCCAAGCUUCAAUCAGCAUGGAAAGCUGCAAUUCAUGAUUUUCCUAUCCUAAGAACCAGGAUGAUUCAAUCAUCUUCUGGUAAACUCCUCCAGGUAAUUGUCGCCGAUGACCCACUGACAACAUGCCCCUACCACGAUGACUUUGAGGCGUAUAUGAAAAAUGAUUCUGAGGUCGAGAUGUCUUUGGGAACACCACUAUCACGGAUAGCAGUGAUUUUAGACAAAGCAACGGCUAAGAGAUAUUUUGUAUGGACUGCCCACCACACAAUUUAUGAUGCCUGGUCUUCUAGUCUUCUAUAUCAAGCAGUCGACCUUGGUUACACUGGGGGUCAGAUCGGAAGAUUUCCUCAGUACAGCCAUUUUAUAAAGCAUCUGCUCAGCUUGGAUGAAAACGCUGCCGAAUCAUACUGGAAAUCUCGUCUAGCCGGUGCGCUCAAAUGUCACUUCCCUCAGAUGCCUGAUGGGAUUGAGCGGCCAUCUUUGGACCAAGUCACAACCCACUCAAUUUCGUUGCGUCAUAACUACCCAAAAGGUAUCACUCCGUCCACUUUGUUACAAGCAGCCUGGGCUAUCCUCAUCGGCCGUUAUGGUGAAACUAGCGAUGUCACGUUCGCUUGCACACUGUCCGGAAGAACGUCUCCUGUGGUUGGUAUUGAUAAGAUCGUAGGCCCUACAAUUACAACCGUCCCUAUUCGUUUUCAACUUCAUAGGGAUCAGCUGAUAUCUGAGUUUUUGAAAGUAGCACAGGACGCUGCGAUUGAGAUGAUUCCAUUCCAACACUUUGGUCUCCGCAAAAUCCAUGCUCUAGGGGAAGAAUUCCGAGAUGCGUGUGACUUCUCAAGUUUAAUAUCAAUUCAGAGUGACUUGGAAAGCUCGUUGGGUACUGAAUCAAUAACCAAGUACAUGUCAUUCCACGCGCCACCCAACUUCCACCCCUACACUCUAGUACUCAAUUGCGAUGUUCGGCCAGAUUCGAUCGAAAUAGAGGCAGUGCAUGAUUCUCGUUUCAUUGAUUCAGUGCAAAUGAGACGGAUGUGCUUCCAGUUCAGUCAUAUAAUCGAUCAAUUGUUGCAGCUAUCGGAAGAGCCUCUGUUUCGAGUGCAGAUAUUCAGCCCAGAAGAUCAUACAGAGCUGGCUCGUAUAAACGGCCAUACAACACCAACGAUUCAUCGUUGCAUCCACUCCAUUAUUCAAGACCGAACUGAACGAUUUGCAGAGUCACCUGCUGUCUACGCAUGGGACGGAAAGCUUACGUUUUCGGAGUUGGAUACUCUCUCAAACAUCCUCGCACAUCAUCUUAUUACCCUUGGCGUUAACGUAGGGGAGACAAUCCCUAUUAUCUUUGAAAAAUCCUAUCUCGUGACAGUUGCUGUCUUAGCAACAUUAAAAGCAGGGGCAGCAUUCACAUUGCUUGAUGCCACGCAACCGACCCAUCACAUUCAAACUAUUCUUGGGAAAUUGGAACCUCACACUGUGCUUUUUUCCCAACAUGCAGCAAAACAAUCAAGUUCGACGGUAAAGCGGACGGUCACAAUAAGCGUAGAAAUGCUCGGAACUCUCCAAGAAAACAACCCCAGUAAUUGCAAUGGCAAACUUCCUUCUCCUGACCCCAACUCCAUAGCUUAUGUAGCUUUCACUUCUGGAAGCACUGGAGCACCAAAAGGCGUUAACACUGAACAUGCAUCAUUUUCUUCUGCUGCAGCCAAGCAGGCUGAAGGCUACAAUAUCGAUGCAAAGUCUCGCGUGCUUCAAUUGGCUCCAUACAACUCCGGGUAUGCUGUGAUGGAAAUUUUGACCACUUUGCUAGCCGGCGGCUGUGUUUGUAUUCCUGAUAGAAAAAGUAAUAGGGACCAACUAUCAAAGUGGAUAAGAGGUGCGGAUGUAAAUUGGGCGUUGAUGACACCCUCUAUGGCCACGUCAAUCAAUCUAAAGACUGUUCCGGGUCUCCGCACAUUAGUUUAUGGAGGUGAGGCUGGAUGCUUAAAGAAUUGGGCUGAAGGUACCAACAUCAUUCAAGCCUAUGGCCAGGUAGAGAGCUCCAUAGCCUCAUUUUCCCAAGAAAUGAUAGGAAAGGUAAGUCAAAAUUGUAUUGGCCGAGCACUCCUGGGCUAUACUUGGGUCGUUGAGCCUGGCCAAUCCGAUAUCCUAGCACCACUAGGGGCUGUGGGAGAGUUACUUUUGGAAGGCCCACACAUUGCGAGAGGAUAUAUUGACACGUCAACCCACUUAGAGAAUUCUUUUAUAUUGAAUCCCAAGUGGAUCCAGGACUUCAAGUCGAAUACUACGGACGACCAAUCUCGAAAAUUCUUCCGGACUGGAGACAUGGUACGAUACAAUUCAGAUGGAGCGUUAGAGUAUCUUGGACGACUUGGAAUGGAAUCAAAACUCCAUGGCAAACGUUUCGAGGCCUGGAAAGUCGAAGGCCAUAUCAGGCGUGCUGUUACAUCGAAGGAACCUUUUGAAGUAGCUGUCGAAGUUGUGACGGCAUCCGAAGGACCCCUAACUGCUAAGGCUCCCGUAGCUUUUGUGACUUUUGGCACCGGUACCUUCGAUGACGGGAUUCUUGAGUCAGUUUCUCCAACAGCCCAGCGACUAUUGGAUUUGUUUCAAGGAAUCAGAUCGAAUCUUCUUCGCGAGCUACCGUUUUACAUGAUUCCAGCCUCUUUUAUACCACUGGCAAAUCUGCCUUACACUUCGACUCGAAAAUUGAAUCGAAAACUGCUCAAAUUGUUGGGGCAGCAUAUCCCUAUAACCAGAUUGCUGGGUAAAGACAGUGUUAGCGCUCCUAAACAAGUGACAACAAAGUUGGAGAGAGAUGUGCGGAGAAUAUGGGCCAACGUAUUGAAUAUUUCAGAGACCACGGUCGAUUCUGAUACCGCUUUUCAGUCGCUGGGGGGAGACUCAGUCAGCGCUAUACAAGUUGUAUCUCAAUGUCGGGAUAUAGGUAUAUACUUUAGUGUAAGGGACCUACUGGAAAGUCGAACUAUAUGCGAUCUCAUUCCAUUGAUUGAAUCGAACUCGAAGGCUGUCGAAGUCUCAAAAGCCGAGGAGGAAGAUGAGGAGGAAGACCCUGAUACUUUAUUACCAGUUUCUCCUAUCCAGCAGCUCUACUUCGACAUGGUACCGCACGGCGAGAAUCAUUACAAUCUCAGUAUUAUUGUAGAACUGAACAAGCAAUUGAACAAUCAAUCCCUGGAAUCAGCACUUCGUACCCUCGUACAGCGGCACUCUUCACUACGGACACGCUUCGUCAAGACCCUCCGCAAAGGCUGGCUUCAGUCAAUCGUUGGGGUGUCUGAGGAUCACUUUACACUAAGAAACCAUUCUCUCGAAGAUAUUGAUGGCAUUCCUCCUAUUCUAGAAGAAUCGCAUAAACAGAUAGACAUUCAAGAGGGGCCUCUACUUGUCGCAGACUUAAUUACCGUGCGGUCCACAACGGCCUCUUUUCCUCAGAGACAAUUUUUGUUCCUAGCGUCUCACCACUUGGUAAUAGAUUUUGUUUCUUGGAGAAUUAUCUUACAAGAUCUGGAAGACUAUUUUCUCCAAGGUCGAAUCGCCUCCCCAAAGCCCCUAACUUUCCAAAAAUGGGUUCGCCUGCAAAAAAAGUAUAUUCAUGAGCAUUCAAAGCUACCAGCCACAGCAUUGGAAAGCCCAUCAUUACCGAAUCUUGACUAUUGGGGCAUGGAAGGAGUACCUAACAAUCAUGGCGAUGUGGUUGUUGAGCAAUUUAGCCUCUGUUCUGACAGUUCCCAUCUUUUACUAGGCAAGGCAAACGAAAGCAUGAGUACACAGCCAAUCCACCUCAUAACAGCUUCAAUCCUGCACUCUUUCGCUAGUACAUUCUCUGACCGAAGCCCUCCGACAAUAUUUUGCGAAGGUCAUGGCCGAGAGAGCUGGGACCCACUGCGGGUUGAUAUCUCGUCCACUGUUGGGUGGUUCACAACUUUCUCCCCUAUCUCUCUGCCCAGCGAUCACCGAUAUGAACUUUUGGACACUGUAGCACAUGUUAAAAGUCAUCAGAAUACCUUGAUUGAUAAUGGCUGGGAAGCCUUCAGUUCAGAAAUUCUCCGGAAAAAACCCUUUGAGUCCAAAUACUACCCUAUAGAAGUCUCAUUAAAUUAUGCCGGACAAUACCAACAGCUUGAGAGGGAAGACGCAAUUUUCAAGGUCCCAGAAGAGUUUACAGAGGCUGAAUUAGGAAGCGCCAGUCCAGACAUGCCUCGAUUUGGUAUGAUUGAAUUCAUUGUGACAGUCCAAAGCGGCAUUGUCACAGUAGCAAUGGCCUACAGCAGACGCAUGAGGCGCCAAUCGCAACUCAAAGAGCUAGCACUAAAAUGCAAGGCAGUCAUGGAGAAACUUGCCAGAGACCUUGCUUCGGCUCCCAAGCAGCCCACACCCGCCGAUUAUCCCUUACUCGAUAUUAACUCAGAGGAGCUUCGCACUCUAAUCACGCAGGAACUACCAGCGAUUGGAAUCGCCCACUCGGAUAUUGAAGACAUAUAUCCCCUGACACCUGUUCAAGAAGGCAUAAUGAUAACUCAAAGCAAAGGUCAAGGGCGUUAUGAUAUGGAAUGUGAAUGGGAAAUUCUUUCACCAGAGCCAGUGGACAUUGCUCGAUUGAUAAAUGCGUGGCAAUCUGUCGUGGAUCGGCAUGCGAUGCUACGAACCAUAAUUCUCGACGAUGUCCGUACAUCAGGCUCAUUUAUACAGGUCGUUGUCAAAAACAUGCAGGCCAACGUCAUGUGCGAUGUUUCGGGUGACGGGUUCUGCACAGCGAUGAGGGGAUCUACGGGUUCCAAAAUCCCUGAGGGAACUUUAUCGACGUCUCACUCAAUGACAAUCAAAUCAUCACAUGACAAGAUUUUGCUCGGGCUUAAGAUCAGCCAUUUAUUCCUUGAUGCGAGCUCUAUCGGUAUUCUGCAGAAAGAUCUUGUCCUUGCGUACGAUAAUAGGCUGCCAUCUUCCAACGGUCCACGCUACUCUUCAUAUGUGUCCUACGUCAAGAAGUCUCCUAAGGAAGACGCUUUAAGUUUUUGGAAAACCCACCUUGCUGAUGCUGGACCAUGCUACCUUGAAACCUGGAACAACUCUAUAAGUGGCUCGAAUACUUCCAUACAAAGUUUUAGCGUGGAUAUGCCCCAGUAUGCUAGCUUGGACAGAUUCUGUCGUUCCCAUGCCCUCGUAAUGUCUGAUCUUCUAGAGACGGCUUGGUCCUUGGUCCUGUAUCUCUACACUGGAAAUCAAUGUCCAGUAUUUGGUUGCAUCGCUUCAGACCGAGAGCCCACCCUGGACAAUUCUGAUCUAGGCGUUGGAGUCUUCAUCAGAAUGCUCAUUUCCCGCACUUAUAUCAGUGAAAAGGAUACUUUCAUUGACGUUCUCAAGCGUGUGCAAUCUGAGCGCAUACUUCGAGCCUCUUCUCCAAUCUGUUCUGCAGCAGAUAUCCACGGCACCUGGGGUGUACAGAGCCCCGGAUACAACACUGGCUUCUCGAUUCAACGUAUACUCGACGUGGAUCUUGAUACCGCAGUACAGCAGUCUUCUACUCUCAAGCUCCAUGGAAAGGCGUUAUCUUCAAAUACUGAGUAUGCUGUAUCGGUCCUUGGCAUUAUAUUUGACAGUAAGGUGAUAAUCAACCUUGACUGUAAUGUCCACCAGAUUCCUCCAAUAUUUGCUGAACAGAUCGCGGCUACAUUCUCGGCUGUCGUAAAACACAUCUUAAAGCAGCCUGAAUCGCAUGUGCUGCAGACAAAUGCGCUAACAUGCAAGGGAAAAACUCAACUUGACCAGUGGACUAGUCACUCAUCUACUCAGCCGAAAACAUAUAUACACGACAUAAUCUACGAAAUCUCCUCGACCAGUCCAGAUGACCUUGCGAUCGAAACACUUGAAGGCAGCUUUACAUAUCGAGAGCUGAAAGCAUCGUCGAGCUUCCUAUGCAGUCAGCUACGCAAAAUUGGCAUUGGAAACAAUCAUCUAGUGGCCAUCUCCAUAGAACCCUCCGAAUGGAUGGUGUUUUCUAUGCUUGCAGUGCUGGAGAGCGGUGCAUCAUUCAUCCUGCUGGAUUCUUUCCAGAGUAAAGAAAUCCUGGAAGAAAUUGUUCUCAAUGUUGCGCCUUCUAUGAUUAUCACUUCAUCGAACCAAGCCAAGUUGUUCCAGGGCCUUAAUCUACCAGUAACACAAAUUGGCGAAAACGGACUGCUGUCUGGCAUGACAAAGAUGAAACUUGAAGCACCUACAUGUUCUGUCUUUCCACCUCCUGCCUUUCUUGUCGUUACUUCUGAAAGCACCAAGGAUUUAAAGACAUGCACGGUUGACCACCUCACAUUCUGUUUCGGCGCAAAAGAGCACAUCCCAGUACUGAAUUUGACGCCUCGCUCUAGAACAUUCCAAUAUGCGCCUUACAUGUCCGGACUUGCUUUGUUAGAGAUAUUGGUCACAUUAAUUGCAGGUGGCUGCGUUUGUAUUGCCCGCAAAGCCGAAGAUCUAGCACAAUUAGCAACGUUUGUGAACCAAUUAAAGGUCAAUUGGGUGGCUACGACUCCAUCGCGUCUUGUGAACCUGGAGGGAGCAGCCGGGAUCCAAACACUCGUCAUCAAUGGAGAAAAGGAACCGAUACAUGAAGCAAAUAUUGAGAGGUGGAUAGAGAAAUGUUCAGUUCUUCAGACAUAUUGUGUAGCAGGAGGCUCCUUAGUGGCCACCUGUUCAGCGUCUCUUACCAAUCCAGCCUUGCCGAAUUUUGGAAAGCCCGUGAAAGGCUAUUCAUGGAUUGGCUUGCCACUGAGUAAUGAUCUCCCAGUUCCUCCUGGGGCAAUUGGAGAGUUGAUACUUCAAUACACUGGUAUUGUCGGAAGUCACGGCGAGGAAGCUAAAGAUGAAAGCAAGACAUGCAUCAAAGAUCAUCAAUUCAAUACACAUUCGACAGAUAAUGUCCCGCGCUUUGAAACGGGGCAGCUUUUCCGGUACAACCAGGAAGGCAAUCUUGAGUUGAUGAGUGACAAAGAGCAGGAUUUCAAGUUGAGGAGCAGAAAGAAGACUUUCACUCAAAUUGAAAACUAUCUACUAACUUCGCUCUCUGGUCACAUUACAGCUGCAGCUGUCGAGGCUGUAGACUUAGGCAGCAAUCCUAGUGUUGAGACGAUUGUGGUUGCGUUUGUAUGCUCUGACAAAAAAAACUCCCGGGAAUUACAGCAAGCUCUCGAACACUCAAAAGAUAAUAUACGUCAAGCGCUUCCGCAUUUCACACAGCCUAUGAGCACGUUUGUAAUCCAAGAACUUCCCCUAACAUGGCAUGGAACAUUGGAUCGACGUCAGUUGCAUGCUUAUGCUCUCAAGUUUCUUAAUGAAAAUCGGAAUAUAGAUGAAAACGUUAUGAAGGACGAUGAAAUUCCGCUUAGUCCUCACGAAUUGACUUUGCGCGAUAUAUGGGCAACGGUGCUUAAUCUACAAGCACCAGAAAUAUCUAGGCUCGAUCAUUUUUUCAACCGUGGCGGGACCUCGCUUAGCGCAUUGCAACUAGUCGCCAAUGCUAAAAAGCAAAGUAUACCCUUAGCAAUUCACCAAGUCUUUCAGCACCCUACCUUUGGUAAAAUGGCAAUAGCAUGUGCAGCAACAUCUGCGCAGAAAAUUUCAAAGACACAAAAAGGAAAUAAAAAACCAGAGUAUUUCACAGAUAAGAGUAAGGUGGUGGUGAAAAAUAUUCAACAACAUCUGAAGGUUCCUGGAGAAGACAUUGAUGCCAUAGCCCCGGCCUCUGCUGUACAAAGAAUGUACUACGGAGCUAACCAUUUAAAGACACGGGCUGCGCUUGUUCAUUUCUGUCUCGAUAUUGAGCCUUCGAUUCGAAUGACUGAUCUCAAAUCUGCUUGCGAAAAACUGAUACAGCGCCAUGACAUUCUGCGAACCGUUUUCGUUCCUUACCAACGAUCCUUAUAUCAGGCUGUACUCAAAUCUACGACUGGUAUAGUAGAGGAACAUGUGUCUCCCGACGACAAAAUAGAGAUUGCAGUGAAAGAUUUCAUCGAAGAUGACCGCAAGAAAGGGCUCAAACUCGGCGAGAUCGUCACGCGUUUUGUAUUCAUUCAUGGUCGGGAGAAAGCAUACUUGAUUGUCCGUCUAUCCCACGCUCAAUACGAUGGAAUCACACUUCCUCUACUAUUCAAAGACCUUUCUCAAUUGUAUGAUGGUCAUACGCCUCCUCAAUACCCUCAGUUCUCUGAAUUCCUAAAUAUCAGAAAACAAACACUAGAUCAUCAGACGCCGGCUUUCUAUAAACGUCUUCUAUCCGGCUCAACUAUGCCACGGCUCAGCAACUCUAUUUCACCGUUUUCUGCCAGAGAACCAAAAGGCUUUUUGCAGCAAACUGUGAGAUUAUCACGUAUAGGCAUUGCCGGUAUUACUACUUCGCUCAUUGUCAAAGUUGCCUGGGCUUUGGUCUUAGGCAAACUUUCUGCCUCACCGGACGUAGUUUUCGGUGAAGUUGUCACAAACCGUCGCCUUCCAUUGCCGGACAUCGAAGGGGUUAUUGGCCCCUGUCUGAACCUCGUCCCCGUACGCAUCAAUACAAGUGGACUCACUGUAAUGGAGUUGUUGUCAAAGAUUCGCGCCCAACAUUUAGAAUCCUUUGCUCACGAGGCUUACGAAUUCGAAGACAUCCUGGACAAUUGCGUGUCCUGGCCCGGUAUCCGAAGAUUUAGCUCCUUGGUUAUACAUCAAGACAUCCAAUUCGUAACUUCUGGCCUACAGAAGUUCGUAUCGAUAGGCGGUGUUCCAUGUGGCCUGCAAGUGACCAGCGCCGCCUUUGAGAUCGCAGACGUUGGUGUCAUGUCUGUACCUUACGAUGACCAUUUAGAAGUGUCACUUAGCUACGAUAGUGCGAACAUUGCCACGUCGGUAAUGCAGGCCACUCUGGAUUCUUUGUGUAGCAUCAUAUCAUUUCUCUCGCAGGAGGAUAAUGCAGAUAGCGUACCAAUAGCAGAUGUUCUGCCCGUUGAUAUAUCACAUCCUUAUGGAGGAAGCCGGAAAGGAAUGGACCACAAGGAAAGGAACUCGGAACUCCAUCAGACAGUCAAGCAAUGCUGGCACGAAAUCUUCGGUACUCAGUCAAGAGAAGACAAAACUACUGUCUUUGAACUUGGAGGAGAUAUUUUAACUUGCGCUCAACUGGCCUAUUGCUACAGAAAAGCGGGUUUCAAUAUAGCAGUUGAGGAUAUUAUGGCAAACCCUUCCCAGGAAGAACAGGAGGGCAUGUUGUUGAGCGCAGGAGUGGAUUAAUUUGCACUUCGGGGAUUUAUUCCAAGUUUUAUUUAUGGAUUGAAAUAGUUCUAAUUAGUUGUUGCAUGCGUGGGUGCGAUCAAAUCGAUCUGUAUUGUGUCUGCUAUCUACCAUCUUCAUUUAUGUGUGGUGUAGUUAUAGCUAUUGCUUUUUCUUGCUGAGGCAAUGCAUCCUUGCUGCCGUUACAGUGGC